ACACACCUUUAUAAACCUUUUGUAAAUUAAGCACAAAGUAUGUAUAUCGUUAAAGGAGGUGAGGUCGUAAAUUCCCCCUUACUCGGUCCUCUUUAAAGAUGUAAAACGUAAAGUACUUUACUUAAAAUAAGUAAAUUACUGAGGUCAAUUGUCCACCGUUACCUAGCACCCAGACUCUGCCUGUACAGCUGCCAGUCCGGCUCCAGACGCUCAGCGCUGCCGUGUUAGACUGGCUACAUUAUUAAUGAUGCCACAGAAAAUAAACCUGUCCGGGAAGCCAUAUGUAAAGAAAAAAAGACCGUAACACUGUAGCUAACGUGGCCGUGGAUUGGAACAACUUGAAACUAACGUCGUACUGCUGAAGGACCAGUUCAAAACCCCAAUUCUUUCACCCAUAAACAUCACUCACGCUAACACCUGACACAGCCCCCUGUCUUAACAGGUGAAGAGAGGUUGUAGCAUUUUCUGCUAAAGUGGCCAUGGAGGGAGAUCCAGAGGAAUCCGAUGAGGAGGUUCAGAGAGAGGACAAACCCACUGUGCUUUGGGAGAAGUGCAUUCAGCAGAGUAUCUUUGUUGAUCUAAGUGAGGAUGAAAGUCUCCACUUGAGUGAUUUGGAAAGCUCCUUAGCUUUACAUCUGUCCCAGGCAGAGUCUGCUGCUUCUGAGGCCAGCAUCCAUCUCAGUGCAGGGAGCGCAGAGCUGUCUCCCUUGGAUGUCACCUCGUCAGAGUCUAGUAUUGUCAGCAGUCAGAGUGAGAGGGUGGUAGGGAGCAAGACCAGCAGCAGCAGCAUAUUGCAUGUGUCUGCACAAAGACCAAACACCAUGCAAGAUGAGAUCCCCUUAAACCAGAGGUAUGAGGACCCAGAGCAAAAUACAAGUGAUGAGGAUCAGGAUGACCUACCUUACGAUGGUGACCUUGGAAGCCUGUACUUCAACCAGGCAGCUAACUCUGAGAGCAGUAUGAGCUCUGAUGGAAGAGAAACUGUCCAUGCUAGUCCAAAUGUUCCUGGUUUGCUUGAAUGUCAUACAAGAGAUAGAGAUGAUACCAUUGAACACUUGGUUUCCGCUGAGAAACCAGCAACUUUGUCGCAGGAGGAUGCCAACACCAAACAGGACAACUUGUUUGAUGCUUCCAAGCCAAGCGAAGUUGCUCCGUCAUGCCCCUACCCGGAAGACAUUAACCAGUUGUUGCUGCGACACUUCUCUCAGGAGGAGUUGCUGUGGACGGGUAGGCUGAUUGAGGCGGAGACCCUGCCGGAGGUAUCCCUGCUAGAGAGCGUGGAUGACACAGUUUAUAGCUGGGCUCCAACACAAAAGACCACAACACUUAAUAGUAACCGCUCAGAGAGCCCUGCUUAUAAUUCUGAGAAAAAUCUGAUUAUCUGCUGUGACAGGACUGAUGAAAAGAGUAAUACAGUAUCCAGAGAAGAUGAAGAAGCAGAAAGGGAAAUUGAUAAUGUCAUCUCUGCUGCUACUGACAGCAUUACAUCCAGCUCUGCAAGUAUAAACUCAAAACACUGCAGUGAGGAUACAAGUGCCGUAGAUGUAGUGAAGCAGGAAAGGGCAGAAGAGGAAGAUCAGGUUCAGAGAGCCCCACUUGUGCGCACCAGGUCCUUCAGCGAGAUGAAGUAUGGCCAAGGCCAAGUCCAUUACAAACUCCCGGAUUUCUCCAAGGUUGCCCCCAGGGUGAAAAUCCCCAAAGCUCCAAGUGGUCCAGCCAGACCUGUCCCUCAGAGCCCCACCACCAUGCACAGAGCCCAGCCCUCUCCGGUGAUGUUAGAGGUGAUCAGCAGAGUCCUGGAGGAUGCAGUCCAGCCAUCAGAGAAGCCCUACAUCUUCAAAGACGAGGACAAAGAGACUCCUCCAGCACUAGUGCAUCACCUGCAGGCUGAAUAUGAUAAAUUACUAACCAAAUAUGCUGAGGCAGAGAACCUUAUAGAUCAAAUGAGACUAGGGACCAACACUCAGCCCUCCUCAGAUUUGAUGCUUGACUUAGAGUGUGAUGAUGACCAUAAGGGAAAUCCUCAACCUGUAUUUGAGGGAAGCCAUCUUGGAUCCUUGGCUCCUCACCUUCCCCCAUCAGAUACGUCUCUGUGUCUGACAUCUGAUAUUAUGACAGAAAACCUUGGUGAAAAAGGAGAAACAACCACCCAUAGCAACAUUAAGGAGGCGAACACAGCUUCCUCCAGCCAGCAUGAAGUGGGUCCCAGUGAUGGGGAAAUAAUGACUGUUGAGCUUAAAGACAUCAUCAACCAGUUCAUGGAGAAGGUAGAGGAACUCAAAUGGAGUGUAAGCAACAUGUCAGUGAGCACAGCAGAACAGCAAAUGAUGUUGAGGAGCAUUAUGGAGGCUCAGGACCAGCUGGAAAGAAAAUACAUCAGUAAGAAGGAAGAGCACAGAGCUCUGGAGAUGCAAAACUACAUGGGCCUGUCCAGGAACACUGGCACCUUUGACCCAAACAGGCUGGUGGAGGGAGACAUAUUCAGGAUAGGGAUGCACCUUGAGGACAUAAAGGACAUGAUAGACAAAAACGUGUGUGAGCAGAUUUCUCCACCCCACUCAUCCUCCACUCCCGCACCCAUGAAAGACAUGCUGCAUGUACAGUCCAGUCCUCUCUGCAUGCCCGCACCCUCACCUCCACCAUCGCUGCAUGAGGGACUAAGUGCAGGUUUUUCUAUUGCGGGUUACAAGAUGGAGACACGUAAAGAAAAAGAAGUGGAACAAGCCAAUGAGGUCCAUCGAGGUGAUGGAUUACAGCGAAGCGGUGAACGCAUAACAACUGACUGCCGCCAUUCAAGUUUCAGGAGCUCAUUGUUGUCUUUGGAGGGUCUGGAAAUCCAGACAGCUGAGGCUGAAGAGGAAAGGAGCUCUGCUUUGUCAGAGCUGAUAGAUGACAGUAACAUCUUAGCAUACUUAAGUGGAACCAGCUCAUCCUCAAGACAGAGGCAAUGGACACCCGACAGUCAUAGUGCUCCAGAUAGUUUCCUGAGCCCAGUGGGUAAAUGUGAUCUGGGUGAAUGUGUGAGUCUGGCUGUGGAGGUCUCCUCUUCCCCUGAUGCACCCCGAGACUCAGCCACCCACAGCCUCUCAGAGUCUCCACUCAACACCUCAUCUGUAUCACAGAGGAUUGUGAGCCCAGAGACAGACAGUGGAUUUGGGAGUUCCUAUUUGAAUCAAUCAGCUUCUGGACCAUUUCAACAAAAUCUGCUCACACAAAGUGUGCAGUCCCAGAAUGAUGGUUUAAGUAGCUCAGACAGUGAGGGCUCCUGCUCCAACCUGCAGACAGCCAUCCAUUCAGUCAGCCUCACCAGCCCACAGUGGGCUCGUCCCCACCCAUCUGUGCAAACACAGUCCUGUGUUACAGCAGCGGCAGUGGAGCGGUGGGUAGAGAGCACCACUAAGGAGCCUUCAGUCAGGCUGCAGGGAUCUGAAUGCAGCCUUCCUGCCCAGCUCCAUCACCACAUGUCUGAACCUGUACUCGGCAUCACCAUGACUACGGAAGAGAGAGGCAGACCGCUGUACUCCUGCUCUUGUAAUAGUGAGGCUAUCCUGGCCUUGCAGUCAGAGGUAUCCAGGCUGAAGAAGGACCUUGAGGAGGGCUUGGUCCAGCUGCCUCACCUGACAGAGAAGAUGGACUAUCUCACCUCCAAAUACAGACAGGAUCGUCAGGAGCGCAGGUCAAAAACCAAAUCCCGGACCCACCACAGACCAGCCUGCAACAGUGUGUGGAAGCCAUCGAGUAGCAGACAGAAUGUGAGCAAUCUCAGUUCCAGUCAGGUGUGGAUAGAUAACUGGAUCUCUUCAGACAUGGACCCCGGCAAGAGCAAAGGGACAGACAGUGGUGACACAGCUGGCUCUGAGAACAUGUUGCAGUUCCACAAUUCACCUGUAUGGGACAGGCGAGGCAGCAGCAGUGUACGCUCGGCACCUGAGUUUCGAUAUAAACUUCAGGGGGCACUGCAGUCCAGCAGAGGGUCAGAGGGACAUGGCUCAGUGACAACGUCUGGUCUGACCAGAUCCAUUUUAAAAGGAGGGAAAGAGGAGGCUUCUGACAGCCAUACCAAGCAGAGACCACAAACAGCUGUCAUGGAGAGUUUGUACUGCAAGGAGAGGUGGUCUCUUUUCUCUUCUCCGUCUCUUCAGAAGCCCCUUCUCCAGGUCAGCUAUGGCUCCUCCAGCAGCCUGCCUGCCAGCUUUAAAGUCAGGGAGCGACCACUGCAGUCCACGUGCCAUCAAAGAAAGCACUCUACCCAGUCAGACACGGCACUCCUGCCCAGUAAUGUGUACUUCCAGCGGACAAUGUCUCCAGUAUCGGUGCCCACAAAGACUGGCAUCAGGACAGGCAGACGCAAGGGGAACAAGGAGGAAGAAAUGAACAGGAAUCUAGACCAGGCUAUUGAGGUGGCCCGCAGUAUUAAGAGGACCACUGACCAAAUGGCCAAGAGACUGUCAGCUGACCUGGCCAAGGCUCAACUCCACAGGAAAGUGCUCAAGAUGCAGCCACAAGGGGGCAGGAAAUACCAAGCAUAACAAUCAGGGUCCAGAUCUGUAAUCAUCAAUCUGCUAGCCCUUAUAAUACCUGAUACUGAUGACUAUGUAGAAUAUAUCUUUGUUGGAUUUUGAGUUAUUUAAGGACCUGUUUGUGUUAAGUUGUUGCCUUUGUACAUGCUUGUAAAUUUUUAAUAUGCAUAAAAGUCUGAAAUCACACUGUGAAAAUACAAUUUGGAUUUUAUAAUCUCA